UAAACUUUGAUUCAAAUUAAAUGAAAUUAUCAGACAUCGAUCAGAAAGAUGUUUUUCUUGAGGCAAAACAUCUCAAAGCAACAGCAUGCGAGCAGCGAAGUCGCACCAAGGACCGUCGCACGAAAGUGCAACUCCGAGGAUUCAAAGAGGCCGUUGCGUCGGAAGACGAGUUGCGUUGAAAAUCUAUCCUCUGUCGAUCGGAUUCGCAAACAUGCAGUCAGACAUUUGGGCUACAGCACCCUCAGCCUGGCCAUGCGAGGUCUGGACGAGAUGCCCGAAGAACUGUGGGAACUCCAAGAGCUCCAGAAGCUCAACCUCUCCUUAAACACGCUGACGCUUUUGCCGUCGGGCCUUGGGAAUCUGGAGAACCUGGUGGUCCUCAAUCUGUGGGGGAACGAGUUAGUGGAGCUCCCGCCUGAGAUCGGACGGCUCAGGAAUCUACGAGUGCUUUUCGCGCACAGGAACCGCUUACACGACGUCCCAGAGGAGCUCGGAGACUGCUCCAACCUCGAGGUCUUGAGUCUGGCCAACAACCAGAUCAGCACGCUUCCCAACAGCCUGUCCAACAUGCGCAAACUCGCCAAGCUCAACCUCAGCCACAACCGCAUCCAGCUCAUCCCGGCCUGCGUGUACAGCAUGAAGAGCCUCGUCUUCCUACAUCUGGCCAACAACCAGCUGGAGAACCUCGCAGAUAAGAUCCAGGAGCUGGUGAACCUCAAGAUCCUGAUCGUGGAGCAGAACUCGCUUCACACGCUUCCCCGGACGCUGUGCCGUCUGACGGGCCUGGAGCUCCUCAACGUGGACUUCAACGAUCUGCAAAGCGUUCCCGAUGAGAUGUUCAUGCUGAGGCGUCUGGAGAAGCUCGCUUGCCAUCCUCUGGAUAAAGGCCUGCAUAUCGUCCACAAUCCACUGCUCAAGCCCAUUAAAGAGGUUCUGCAAGGAGGUCUGAAAGCCCUUUAUAGCUACCUCAAACCUACAUGAAGAUAAAUGCUGACGUUGGGGGAUUACUAGGUUAUGUUUUGCACAAAACAAAAUAAUUUUUCAAUUUUUCUGCAGUGAUUUUCUUCCUCGGUUGAUCAGUGCAAAUAUCUAAACAUUUGAAGAUAAAUGGUGAUAUUGGGGGAUUACUAGGUUAUGUUUUGCAACAACAACAAAAAAACGUUUUUAGUUUUUCUAUAGUGAUUUUCUUCCUUAGUUUCUCAGUGCAAAUAUUUAAACAUGUUUAAUUUAAAGGGAAGACCAGAUUCUUUUUAUUGGCAGAUAUUGGUACCAGUAAAGAGGUUCUGCAAGGAGGUCUGAAUGCCCUUUAUAGCUUUCUCAAACCUGCAUUAAGAUAAAUGGUAAAAUUGGGGGAUUACUAGGUUAUGUUUUGCCCAUUUUUUCAGUGCAAAAAUCUAAAUAUGCUUCAUUUAAAGAAAACCGAUCUCAUGGCAAAAGUGCUCACCUAUUGUGUUCAUUACUGUUUUCUUUUUUCACUUUGGAGUCUAGAGAAGUCCAUAGAGCCGUGAAAUUUGGCACACUGAUAGAUGACAGUCUGAACAUUAAACGCACCAAUUUUGGAGUCUCUAAAUCAAUCUCUCUAGCGCCACCAUCUGUUCAAAGCUGCAUUCAUGUUUAUGCUAAUAACUUUUGAACCAUCAGGGCUAGUAACACAAUUCUUUCCUCUUCUUAUUUUGUGCCUCAAGAAGAUUCAAUUAAAUCAUAUGACUUAAUUUUCUGUCAUGAAAAAUGUCGACAGAAAAACCUGAAAUUCAUGUAAAUUGGCGAACCAUUUUUGAAAAACUCAUUAACGAAUUCUACGAGGAGCAUGCCAUAGUGGACGUGAGGCUAUAUCUCUGAAACACUUAACCGUAUUCAGAACAAACUUGGUGUGUUAUGACAACCAAUGUCUAUUUUUGCUUCUGAUUAAAACUGGUCUCUUUAGAUUCGGUGCAGCAUACCGAGUCAAAAGACACCCAUCUUGGCCGUUUGGGGAGUCAGACAUUUUUAAUCAUAAAAUAUGGCUGAUGGAAAAUGCUAUAUUGAUAAUUGACAAAAUGCUUAUAUGAACGCAAUGGCGUUUCGUUAACUAAACUCUGUCAUCGGCACCAUACCCUGAAUAUACUCAAAAAGUUUUGAGACAGAACCACCUUGUGGUCGAAACGUAAAAUUAAAUUUCAAAUAAUGAUUGAUUAAUUUGGCCUAUUGUAAUGAAAUUGGUCUUAAUAGAUUAUUUGGGUCAUGCCGAGAACAUAGAUACCAAUAUUACCAUAAUCAGACCACAUCAAUUUGGUGUCAGCGCCACCUACUGUUCAAACAUAAUAAGUCACAUUACAAGUGUCUUUACUAAUUUUACAUUUUUUUUAAAGGAAAAAUAUCAUAAUUUUGAGACAUUUUUAAUAAAAUAACUUCAUAACGUCAGUCAUUUUGCUUCUUUAAAUGUCUCUUGAUUUAUGAAUGUUUCGAUAUUUGUGCUGGAAAACGAGACAAAUAGCUUAUUUGUUUAGCAGUUUCUUUAUUAUUUGUGAAUUUAGUAGAAAUUUAUGAGAGAAAAAUGUUACAAAGUAAAUCACUGUUUUUCAGUGCGCUGUAAAAAAUGAUUUUUUGAAGUUGUUAAAAAAACCUAAAUGAUUAUUGAUGUAUUUUUUACAAGAAAAUACUAUUUCAGUUUUUCUACUUCAAAAUUCCAUGUUUAAUUCGACGUGUUGCUUGCCAUUUCUUUGUAAUUGUUUGUGAAAUAUACUAGCAUUUUUUUGUAGGGAAAAUUGUUUCAAAAUAAA